ACUGAAUUACUCAGAAUAGGCAAACAGUACUCCAAGCUUUGGCAAUAAAUUUGUUAAACUAAACUAAACUAAAAUCUCAGUGCACUGAAUGACAUCACUGUCAGGAGUCAAGCUGAUUUAGGACUACCACAUUGAGUGAGAGUAUAGCGCUUUAAUGCCCUACACUCCCCCCGCUCUCACAACUUCCUGCUGGUAAAGUAUAUUAAUGGAACAAAGUUGCCAGCGAGAUACAGAGCGACACUGACCGCCUGGGUGGUGGCAUAAUAACACGGACCUCACACUGGGAAGUGAACUGAGUUGUACAUCAUCCAGCAACAAAGCAACUACUACCUGAGCUGUGGAGGUCACCAUGAACCUCCGAGCUGACCUCCUUCUUAGCCUCAACCUCCUCCAGGUAGUUAACUGUAUAGUGUGGUCUGGUAUUACGCCCAGACCCAUACCCUUCCCUCCCACGCCCUCCACGCCCUCCACGCCUGGUAACCAAGUGGUGUUGGCGGCGUGUGGGUCGACACUGACUGUCCAACAGGGAGUCACCUAUCUGGUUGCCAGCCCAGGCUACCCUGCCCCCUACACACCCUUUACCUACUGCCGCUGGACCUUCUUUAGCGGCAGUAUUAGCGAACGUCUGUUUGUCACCUGCCAAGACUUUGACAUCGAGGCAUCGUCGUCGUGCCCCAACGGUGCCUUCCUCGCCCUCCAGGACCCUGCCCAGGGCUUCCAGUGGUUCUGUGGGUCAGUGGGUCCACAGACCAUAGCCUCUAUCACCCGCCCUCUGACCCUACACUUCUGGGCCAGCUGGCAGAACAACAAUAAUAAAAAGGGCUUCUCCUGCGCCGUGACCACCAACCCUCUCACACCAUCAACUGGCGACUGCCGGUGUGGACGGAUAGCAACGUCCACUCGCGUCGUGGGUGGAAAAGAGACAGGAGUGCACGAGUUCCCAUGGCAGGCGUUGGUACGCAUCCCCAGCGGCUUCUGUGGAGGCGCCCUCAUCAACGAGCGCUUCGUCCUCACAGCCGCCCACUGCAUCGACCAGAAUGCACUGCCUGCCGGCGCCCUGCCAGAAGUAGUGCUUGGGGAACAUGACCGUACUCGCCUGGAUGAGACGCCCUACACACAGGUGGUGGCGGUCUCUCGGGUCAUACCCCACGAGAACUACGGCUUCGGACCGAGCUCCAAAGACAACGACAUCGGUCUGAUAGAGCUGGCCACCAACGUCGACCUGGAGGCCACUCCCAACAUCGCCCCGGUCUGCCCUCCAGGAAAUAACAUCCAGUUCAACAACCUCCCCGUUACUGUCAUCGGGUGGGGUUUCACGAACUAUCCUGGAGCACGAGCUGACGCGCUGCAGAAAGUAGACCUUGUGAUGGUGUCGAGGGAGAUAUGCAAAGACCAGUACCAGGCUGACGUCAUCACCGACAACAUGAUCUGCGCCGCAGCAUCCGGGAAGGACGCUUGCUUCGACGACAGCGGAGGACCCCUCAUGACCAGGGUCGGCCAACACUGGCAGGUCAUUGGGGUCGUUUCCUUCGGGCCGAGUACCUGCGCUUCACCUGACGUGGCGGGCGUCUUCACCAAGGUGGCCAAUUACAUCCCGUGGAUCCUCUCAAAAAUCGGCAACACCAGGACAUGCCCGCCUGCCUCAUGACCAUUCACAGAAAACUUGUAGCAGACUAAGAAGAGAUAUUAUUUUUUCUACUCUAAUGCUUCACUGUAAUCUGUUGACAUAAAAAAGAAAUGACGAAAUUAAAAUAAAUAAAAUUUCCUUCCAUUAAUUUAUCUUUCAGGAAAGCAAUGUUCAGUGAUCGUAACCAAUCUAAACACCUGAAAGUUAAGAAACAAAUAGACUUCUAUUCUAAACCUCAUAUAUUUGUAAGUUUCUGUGUGUGUGUGUGUGUGUGUGUGUGUGUGUGUGUGUGUGUGUGUGUGUGUGUGUGUGUGUGCCCGCAUUUACUCUCCCCCCACAUGCCCACAUAUGAUCUCCACAUAUUUGUUAUCAUUGGAAUCGGAGAGAGAGAGAGAGAGUCUUCCCUUGCAUCUCCGGGUAACUGCUAGUUAAUUUACAGUGGUUCUCAACCUUGUUUGCCCCAUGCACCCCUUUCACCAUAUGUCAGAAUGUCAUUCCCC